AAGUGUAAAGCGGCUUUCAGUAGUGCGCGUGGACAACAAAACCGGCCGCACGCGCCACCUCCAUAUUGCAUAAGGCCAAAAUUGGCCGGUCAAAAAUGUUAAGCUGUGGUAGAGUUAUCGGACAAUUGCCAAAACUUACGAGGCAUUCGCAUCUUAAUCAUUUCUGCCGACCUUUAAAAUAUAUUGGAAUUACUAGUGUUAAUAAUUCAUGGUAUAGUAGCAACUCAGAUGACAAGAAAACUUAUAAGCCAGCAGGCACCACCAUAAAACCAGAAGAAUGUGUACCUGACAAAACUAGUUCAAAACCAAAAAGAUCUCUACCGUCUUGUGAAUCUUAUCCUAAUGCAUCUUGUCCACCAUCUUGUUAUGAAGUUUGUCAACCAGAUUCACAGAGUCCUAAUGGUAAACCACCAUCACCACCUUAUUGGAAGAUAUUGGCAACUUUAAUUAUAGCUGGAGUUACAAUAUAUGCGAUAUCUUCCACAAAUUGGUUUACAUCUAAGAAAUCAGAUUCUGAAAAGGAUGUAGGUAAAAAGGAGAGAAAACAUAGAAAAUCUGAUAAGGCUAAAUUACCACCUACUUCUAGUUCAUUCCCCAAAGAUGUACCUUACCUUUUAAUAGGUGGAGGAACAGCUGCAUUUUCUGCAUUUAGGUCUAUUAAAUCUAGGGAUCCUAGAGCUAAGGUUUUAAUAAUAACAGAAGAAGAAGAUUUACCAUAUAUGAGACCACCAUUGUCCAAGGAACUAUGGUACAAUACAGAUAGAAAAACAAGUGCUGAGUUACUUUUUAAGCAAUGGAAUGGAGCUCAAAGAAGUAUAUUUUAUGAGCCACCCGAAUUUUAUUCAGAAGUUGAUAAGUUGAUUGAGUCGGAAAAAGGUGGUGUAACUGUAGCAACAGGUUGGAAAGUCACAAAAAUUGAUGUCCCAAACAAAACUGUAACGUUAGAUGAUGGUUAUGAAAUAAAAUAUGACAAAUGUCUUAUUGCAACUGGUGCAUCACCUAAAAAUCUUCCAGUAUUUGAGUCACUUCAAGAUGAAGUUAAAGAUAAAAUUAAAACAUUUAGAACAAAAGAAGAUUUUCUUGAUUUGGAAGAAAGUGUGCAUAAUCCUAAAUGUAAAAAUAUAGUAAUAAUUGGCGGAGGAUUUCUCGGAACAGAACUCGCUUGCUCUCUUGCUCGUAAUUUACCUGAAAACAAAAAAGUACAUCAAGUAUAUAAGGAGAAAUUUAUAAUGGAUCAAAUAUUACCACAAUAUUUAAGCGAAUGGGCAACAGAAAAAGCAAAAUUAGAGGGCGUUAAUUGUAUUCCUGAUUCUGAGGUCGAGGAUUAUUAUUAUAAGAAUGGACGUUUAUCGCUUACUCUUACAGGAGAUAAUGUUAUUGAGGCUGAUGAAGUAAUAGUAGCAGUAGGCGUUGAACCAAAUACGGAAUUGGCGAAAGUUUCGCAUUUAGAAACAGAUCCUGAAAUAGGCGGCUUCCUGGUUAAUGCAGAACUAGAAGCAAGAAGCAACCUUUGGGUUGCUGGAGAUGCAGCUUGCUUUUAUGAUAUCAGGCUUGGUAGAAGAAGAGUAGAACAUCAUGACCAUGCUGUAAUUUCAGGAAGGCUAGCAGGAGAAAAUAUGACUGGUGCAAGAAAACCAUAUCUGCACCAGUCGAUGUUUUGGUCCGAUUUAGGACCGGAAGUUGGAUUUGAGGCAAUAGGUAUUGUCGAUUCUGCACUGCCAACUGUAGGUGUCUUUGUAAAAACAGAAAAAACUGAUGAUACUUCACUAACAGCCAUCGAUACUUCGAGUAAAACAACGCAGUCCUCAGAUAAAGAGAAGGUAACAACGCAAACAGAAAAUUCGGAUCAACAAAAUUCGAAAGAAGAUGAUAGAUGUAUACGUACUGAUGCUUCAAAAUCGACAGAAGAAACCUCUAAAAAGUAUGAAGACUUUGGAAAAGGAGUUAUUUUUUAUUUACGUGAUGAUAUUGUGGUUGGAAUAGUCCUUUGGAAUAUCUUUAACCGGAUGUCUAUUGCUAGACAGGUACUUGCUAAGGGCACAAAAUAUGAUGAUUUAAAUGAAGUAGCCAAACUAUUUACUAUUCACGAUGACUGAUUCCAUUAGUGCAAAAAUGAAAUGACAAUAUUGCGUCAUUUGUGUAUAUAUGAUUAUUUAUCUACUAAUUCUGAAAGAUUUUACCAAUAAAAAAAUCUAAAAUCUUGUUACUAAGUUUGAAAGGUACGUUUGUAUAAAUACUGCACAUACCAGAUACAAAAUAUUUUCAAAAGGAAUCUAUCAGAUAUUCACACGUGUUAGAUCAUUGCAGACUGUGAAUUUUAUUAUAAAAUAAAUGAAAAAUUGUUUUAUUAAUUAAUUAA